CGCUAUCUUGUCUUUUGUCGACACACGGGAGGGACGUCCACGUGGCCGCGGGAAGAUCGGCGAUUGUCAUUUGUGUUUUUGCAAUUACGAGAAGAGGAACGUCUCGACGACGAUUGCUUCUUUUUCCUUGCUGCUCUCGCUUUUGAUUUAUGCGUGUUGCGUAAUUUUCAAUCGCGUGUCUAUCGCAAACCGCAAACGUGACUUAAAAUCGCGUACCUCUACGUGCGUUGUGUAUAGGUGUAACCAUAUCGUAUAGCGCCGAGAUCGUCAUAUCGGAACAGAAGCGGAGAGUGUUACGCAGAUCUGGGAAAGAGUUAUUUUGCAAAAAAUGGUAUCUUCAGAAGUGACGGAGAAUGGGCAGACAAGCCCAGUAAAAAAUUGCAGUACAAUGGGUAUAGCACCAGGAGACUAUUCUUUGGUCGGUUGGGAUAUGGAUACAACGGGUAAAAAGGUCAUUGACGAAAUCUGUCAGAUAGCAGGAUAUACUCCUACUUCGACUUACUCGCAAUAUGUGAUGCCGUACAAGGAUCUCAAUCCAACUGCAAUAAAACGACACAGCAUGAAGGUUGUGACCAAUGGCAAAUUCCGUGUGCUAAGAAACAGUAAGACCAACGAGGUAAUCAAAUCCAAAAGUGAAGUAUCUGCACUUACGGACUUUCUGACCUGGUUGGAACAAAUGAAAGGAAAUACAGAUGGUGUAAUUCUGGUUUAUCAUGAGCCUCGCAAAGUCAUCCCCGCGAUGUUGCUUGAAUCAUUAAAGAAGUACGAUCUAGUUGAUCGGUUCAAACAAACGGUCAAGGGAUUCGCGAACGGAUUCAAUAUAGCAGAGGAUAAAUGCGCGAACUCGGCACAUAUUUAUUCCCUCCGUACGUUGUCGCGCACAUUACUGAAGAAAGAAUCGAACUUGGGCAAUGCGCAGGACAGAGCAUCAUUGGCGUUACAAAUAGCGCAAUACUUGUGCACGUUUGAGAACGGCAAAGCUGAAGAUGCUAACAACAGCGAGAAGAGCGACGUUGCGAUGAAAAAAACGAUGGAAUGUAUUCAAGAAUUUGCGCAACCCAUUGACGUCGAAGAGCGGGAACAUAACGAACUAAAGAUGAUAUUCGAGCGGCAGAACAAUCUGCGGCCGAUAUUCAGCGCCCUAUUUCGUAUGAACCGCCGCGAACGUCAACACGCUAGUCCUCUACGCCGAUUGCUUGCCGAAGCUGGAAUCGUGUAUUCGGAGCUACAGGAUGCAUGGACUAAUGCGAAGAAGGAUGGACUGGAAGUUUUGAUGAAGGAAAAGCUGCCAAAGGUCGACGAAAAGAAGGUGGCGGAUUUGAUGACCAUUCUCGAACGUCACUUUGAUCCGGAGAAAAAGCCGAAGGGCAGAUCGCAGGAAAGGAGAGGUGCCAGGUCGAGGACAACCGAAAAAAAGAUAAACGACGACAAAGAAAACAAUAACAAGAGUGACUCGGGACACGAUAGUCCUGACACGACCACGUCCGGCUCUCCCGUCAAAAUGAACGGCGACAGCGACGAAAUUAAAGCGCAGGAAUGCGCUGUAGUAGUAAACGAAUGUGCCGAACGCGUUUAACGACGUUAAUUCUUUUUGACGUCUCUUACAAAAAAAUGAGAGUACUUUGCGACUAUUGUAUAUGUCUUUAUCGCUCUUAGGCACAAUUAAACGUGAAUUCUGUUUUUGUUGCCAUAACGGUUAUAAAUGACGAAAAGUACACUUACCGAGUAAGUGGAAGACGAAUGUAGAUUUAGCGUAGACUGAAGUAUGACGUGCAUUUAACCAGACCUGUAAUGCAACGAAAGCGCGUUGUAUUUCGUGGACAACAUCGCUAAAUUUAUGUUCUUCGGUCGAAAAUGGUUGCGAAAGUAUUUUCAUUAAUUUUUUUUUGCGACAAUUUAUAGAGUAAUAAACGUAUUAGCAUAUAUAAAAGGUCUCACGAUCGUCUCACAAAACGAUUAUUGUUGUGCUUGAUGAAGAGACAAAGUGUUAUUAGUUUCAGUAUUUUUCUUUUAUUCUUAUUUUUGUUUACUUGUUCGUUGGUAUAAAAAGAUGAAAUUCUUUAACACAUGAAACGCCCUCGAACUUUAGUUAGUUCAAAUGUACAAAUAAAAAACACAUUAAACGACACAUUUAGUUUGUUAAGUACAUAUAUUUUAUUUAAUAUCGUUUACGUUUCACAAUUUUAUAGACGUUUGUGUUUUUUUUUUUUUUCCUUGUUUUCUUUCUUUUUAUUUAUCCUUGAAUUCGAACGUUCGCCGUGUGGUGAGAGUGUCUGUUUAUAGACUGCUGAGCGUGAAAAAGGAUAGGAAAUAACGCGGAUUUUGUUGCCGCAUACUUCACGAUGUGUACGGUAGUGUGCACAAUAUUUUCUACUUUUUACUGUUUAAUGCCAAGCGAGCGCCUUGCGCGCGCGACGGUAUUAGAGAGAUAUAUAUUUUUAUAUUGCCACGUAAUAAUACGCUGUUUCGUUUCUGCUGUGAGAUCUCGUUGUAUCAGCAUUGGAUAAUAAAGAUUCGAAUUUA